AUGAGUUUACCACCCCAGCAGAAACUAAACAGUAAGAGAACAGGCAAGCGGAUCUCAUUUUUCAACGACCAAGGAGUGGCAAUGAAGGAGACAUCCUCUCAGCAGCAUCCAGAAGGUUCUUACUACAGCCUUGGUGCCCCAGCCUCAGGGCCUGGUCCUGGGCAGAGUGAGGCUGCAGGCACCGUCACCUCCACAACCUCCAAUCCAGAGGCCCCCCAUACUGGUAUGUACCUCAACUCAGUGAUCUUCAGCCCAGAGAAAGGAGACCAGAGUCGGGGACAUUACCAACAGACUGUACCCAUGAAGUGGGCUCACCAGGACCCAGCAGCCCAACCGCAGCCUCCACAAAGAACUGGGACUGGGAACUGGACACAGGGUGUCACUAUGGCUAACUGGGGACAGAACUUUGCUCCGUACCUAGGAGGCGUCGGUGACUCACGGUCCCAGAUCCAGACUGCGUUUGUCAAGCAGCAGAUCCGUGAGGGGCCUUCACCCCUGGAGCCACAGCAGCCCCAGCCCCCUAGUAGGGCUGCAGAGAAGCAGCCGCCCCAGCAGCAGCAGGUGGUUAACCUUAACCCUCUCCCUGCUGGAGGAGAGGCCUACAGAGACACUAGGAAUGUGGCCAAGGCUCACAGUCUAGAGUGGGAGCAGCAACAGCAGCAUCAUGCUUCCCAACAGCAGUCCCAGGCGUUCCCACAGACCCUUAAACCUGGUGCUCUAAACGCCCAGCAUAGCACAUCCAACCCUGGGGGAAGCUCUGUGCUUCAGCCCUUCCAGCUAGCCUUCGGCCAGCCCAAGCAGCACCUAACGGCUGGCUACUACCAGGUGUUUCAGGGGGGCAACCGGACUUUACCCAAUCUGAACUACAACGUCCAACAACCCCAACCCCAACAAUCCAAACCCCAACCGCAACCGCAACAGCAUCCACAACCCCAACAGCAUCCCCAACAGCAUCCACAACCCCAACAACAUCCACAGCUCCAGCUGCAACAGCAGGAGCAGCAGAAAAUACAACAACGUCAACAGCAACAAAUAUUACAGCAACAACAACAAAUGCAACAAAAACACCAUCAGAUGCAGCAGCAGCAAAUGCUUCAGCAUCAACAGCAGCAACAGCAGAAAAUACAACUACAGAUACAACAAAAACAACAAAUACAACAGCAACAAAUACAGCAACGAAUACAACAACGACACCAAAUACAACAACAGCAAUUGCAGCAACAACCACAACAUGUACUAGAAUAUUACCCCAACAACCAGAACCCACCUACCCACCCACACCCUCACUCCCAGCCGCCCGUGUUGGUGCACUCCCAGGAGACCAUUCCUCCACCAACCCCCCCAGACCUCCAGGAGACGUCCCCAGACUCUCCACACAUUCCCCCCCACACAGACCCUCAGUUCCCCCCCACACAGACCCAGCUCCAGCCUCCCCAGCUCCAGCUGCAGCCUCGACGGUCCAGGAGACUCUCCAAGGAAGGUGGACCACCACCAGUUGACAACCCUUUCGUCAUCCCAUCUGAUGGGGCCCAGAACGGGGCCUCUGAAGGGCAAGGUGGAGCCCCCAAGGUGGAAGAGGUCCACGCUGCCCAGUUGGCCCCUACAGGGGUCAUUCAGAGCACACACAGGAAACUGAGGGUUUCCCAGGAGGUUAACCUGGAGACACUGGCCCAGAAAGCUUCAGAGAUGGAGUCACUACCGCCACACAUUGUCAAGGUAAAUAUUGCUGCAUGUCCUGGUGCUCGUGGUGCUUGUGAUAAUGCUUUGAAGGGUAUAGUGUAGUUACAUGAUUUAACAGGCAUAUCCCACCCUCAAUUCCAACUAGGAAUGGACACUGUUAUCCAGAUAUCCGGAUAUCUGAACGGAAGUUAGUAUUAGAUUACUUGAGUGAGUGUUACGAUUUGACAAUGAAAAAGCUUAGUUAUACAUUAAAUUAGAUUUAUCCUUGUGAAAUUGUUACCUACAAGGAUAUUAUACCAUUUAGCCCUCCAGCCUACUCUGACAUAUGCUACUCUCCCCACUUCAAUAGCAAUUACAGGCACAUACCUAACGGAGUUUCCACAAGACCUGACACAGAUCAAUGCGUUUUUUUAAUCUAUCUGGCUAUCCCCAAAAAAGUCAUGAUAAUAUUUGAAUAUUGCCAACCCCUAAUUCUAACCCAACUUUUCAUGCAUACACAUGCACUCGCUUACAAAUCUAUUCAAACACACAGUGCUGAAGAGUUGUUGGGCUGGAGGAGAUGCAUUAAUAAAACAUCCAUUUUGUUGUUGUUUACCUGGGUAUAAUUGCAGAGCGAUUAUGUCUCCCUUAUCUAGAAUUACAACAAAAACAAAAACCUUAAUGCAUCUGCCAAGGCCAACUGAGUCAGAAAUUAUGUUCUUUAUGAAUGAUUAGCACUUUGCUGAGCGGAAUAAGCAAUCAUCAGCCCAAUAGAAAAACAGCAGAACUGAAUGAUUUAGCAGUACAGAACAUUACAGUGCAUUUUUUUGUUUACAUUUGAGUCAUUUAGCAGACGCUCUUAUCCAGAGUGACGGUCUUCAGGUACAGCUAAAUUGAUAGAUAAUAAGCACUACUCCUGAUCUUUUUGUGUAAAAGAAACUGCUAGAAAACAGUGCAAGUUUUGACCUAUUACUCUAUAAUACAGAACAACAUGGUGAGUGAUGAUGGUAUUGCUGUGAUAUGCAGCCCUGGUCUUCCCCUACCUGACUGUGCAGUUAGCUUGUAACUGUGCAUUCCAUCGUGGGUGCCUCAUGCCUUACCAUAUACAAUAUAAAAUAGGACUGCUACGUUGCUGAAUGCUGACUAGACCCGUUUCACUCUGCACUCCUCCCCCAUUCAUUCCACCAUAGGGCUGAAACUCCACCUCCUGGGGGGCUCUGUUGGGGAGGGGUACAGGCAGUGGAGGGCAGGGGCGCUGGGGUAGGGGGCCGGGGUGCAGUGCUCAGCAGAAUAUAUGCCUCUCUUUCUCCUGUCUCUCCUGUCCUGGUGUUGGGGCUGGAGGCUGGACUUUUCCACUGGGAAUAGACAGUGAAUGGGGCUCCAGCACCAGGCCAUGCUGACUCCUAUAGGCUUCUGCCACACUCACUCACUCCUAUAGGCUUCUGUCACACUCACUCACUCCUAUAGGCUUCUGCCACACUCACUCACUCCUCGGGGCUUCAGCUGAUGAAAGACUCUACUAGGGAUGUGCAACAAUCUCACUUCAUUUUAGGAUGUUUAUUUAGGGAAUGGAAAUUCACUUUCCGGCAAUAUACUUCUGUUAGCUUCCGGGCAGUAUAGUUCUGCUGAAACAGGUUUUCCAUAACUCUACUUCAAUACAGCAACACAAAGAUGGUAAUACAUUACGUAGUAAGGAAUAGCUAUGGUUGCUCAUUUGAUCUGUAAAGGAAGCCUGUUCAGGUAGCUUCAAGUCAGGUAUGUGUAUCUGUCUAUCUCGUCCGCAGGAGCAGCCACACAGGCCCUGGAGCCCCCAAAGACCAGCGCCAGGGCGAGGGACCAUGGAAAGGGAUUCAGGAGGUCACAGCGCCAAGCAGCCUCGUGAUGAGAGCAUGAUGCCCCUGGUCAUCCCUGUGUCAGUCCCCGUACGGAGGCCAGACCCCCUCUCGUCCUCAUCCUCCCCAGACAGGGAGCACUCUAUCCUGGGCACAGGCUGGCCACAGCGACCCUCCACGCUCCAGGAUAUGACCAGCAUGGACCGCAAACCCUCCGUCAUCGUCACCCGCCGACGAUCGCUCAGGAACUCUCUGACGGACAGCUCAGGACAGGUGGGUCCAGCAAGUCUUCCCCUCCCCUCACACCUAACUAACGAGCUUGGUUCAUGCCCCCCUUCUCCUAUAAUCCCUCAUAUCCUGCCACCAUCCUCUCUCCCCCUCCCCCUUAUCCAGCACCGCACUCUCCCCUGGUUCCCCCAUGUUUCUCUCUCCCCCCUUGCCCUCAUUCCAAACCUCCCUCCCCCCUGCUGCCUCAGAUCAGGUCAAGCAGAUUAGCAGGGGUUAUCCACACUAUAGAUGGAGAUAUAGCCUGCUACUGUACUGUACAUACAGUACAAUGUAUGAGGGGAUAUGUACUGUACAACUACCAGGGUGGGGGGGAACUGGACAUGUAAUGUAUGGGGGGAUAAUGUACAUAGGGUGGGGGUGAACUGGACAUGUAAUGUAUGGGGGGAUAAUGUAGAUAGGGUGGGGGUGAACUGGUCAUGUAAUGUAUGGGGGGAUAAUGUAGAUAGGGUGGGGGUGAACUGGUCAUGUAAUGUAUGGGGGGAUAAUGUACAUAGGGUGGGGGUGAACUGGACAUGUAAUGUAUGGGGGGAUAAUGUAGAUAGGGUGGGGGUGAACUGGUCAUGUAAUGUAUGGGGGGAUAAUGUAGAUAGGGUGGGGGUGAGCUGGACAUAUUGUAGAAUGUAUCCUCGCUCUUUAGUAUCAGACCAGAUAAACAACUCACUUACAAUACAUCUCUUCUUACUAACUGGUGUAUGCUAGUUUGGACAUUGGAACAGUGCCGUGUUGUCAGUUAUGUAAAUAUGUUUGUACUGAUGUUCUACCUCCUUCUUUAGAACGGCGGAACCCAGGGAGGGAAAGACGACGACGACGGAAGAAAGUCCAAACGGCGUCCCCGGCCCGAGCCUCUCUUCAUCCCGCCUCCCAAACCUGGCACCUUCAUCGCCCCUCCUGUCUACUCCAGCAUCACUCCCUACCAGAGCCACCUCCGCUCCCCUGUCCGGCUGAUUGACAACCCCCUAACCAUGCCCCCCUACACCCCCCCGCCCAUCCUCAGCCCGGUGAGAGAGGGAUCAGGUCUCUACUUCUCUACCUUCCUCUCCUCUGCUGCAGCUGCUGUCUCCAGCCAGGGUCUGCCUCCACCCAUAACACCCAAAUCAGCCACACGCAGCCUGCUGAGAUCCAGUGAGUACCACUACCUGGGGUCCUACUGGGGGUUGUAGUUCAAAGAUGUUCUACCUAAAUCCUACUGGGAUUUGUAGUCCAAACAUAACUCAACCUGGGUCCGACUAGGAUUUGUAGUCCAAACAUAUUCUACCUGGGUCCUGCUGGGGGUUGUAGAUCAUUUGGCACCAGUUUCCCAGACAGUUUAAGACAAGUCCUGGACUAAAAACCACUCUCAAUGGAGAUUCUCUCAUGCUUUUUAGUCCAGGGAAAGGCUUAAUCUGGGACCUGGAAACCGGACAUUAUGGUUUGAACAAGCUAUCCUCAGAAUGAACUGUAGCUGUGGGAGUUGAACCAUAACAUUAUUCUUUCAUAUAAACUUUUCUUGAGCAACACGCAUGAGAUUAGCUCAGCUCAUACUAAAUAUCUUCUGCUGUAAGAAGAUAAGGAGGAGAUAUAAGGACAGUGAAUUUAAAAGUUUAGCCAGCAGCAUACCACCCUGCAUCCCACUGCUGUCUUGCCUCUGAAGCUAAGCAGGGUUGGUCCUGGAUGGGAGACCAGAUGCUGAUGGAAGUGGUGUUGGAGGGCCAGUAGGAGGCACUCUUUCCUCUGGUCUAAAAUAAUAUCCCAAUGCCCCAGGGCAGUGAUUGGGGACAUUGCCCUGUGUAGGGUGCUGUCUUUCGGAUGGAACGUUAAACGGAUGUCCUGACUCUCUGUGGUCACUAAAGAUCCCAUGGCACUUAUCGUAAGAGUAGGGGUGUUAACCCUGAAGUCCUGGCUAAAUACCCAAUCUGGUCCUCAUGCCACCUAAUCAUCCCCAGCUUCCAAUUGGCUCAUUCAUCUCCCCUGUAACUAUUCCCAAGGUUGUUGCUGUAAAUGAGAAUGUGUUCUCAGUCAACUUACCUGGUAAAAUAAGGGUUAAUAAAGAAAAUACAAAGUUAGUUUUUUGUGUUUUUCAGACAGCGUUGACAUAACCCCACCAGUCCUCUCUGUGAUCGGCGAGGCCACUCCAGUCAGCAUAGAACCGUGAGUACAGAACACACACACACUAGGGUUGAAUAUUUUCCUGAAAAUCUAUACAUUUUUCUUCCCGAGAAAAUUGCAACCAUCCUUGUAAUAUCCCGGUAUUCUACUGGUUUCUUGUUGAAUUUGUCACAAUUUAAUCAACUCAAAGUUCUGUCAAAGUCACCACACAAUUUGUUGAUGUAGCAUAGUUUAAAUGUAGACCUAAAGUAUUGUGAAGUUAUUAGCCUACAGCCUAGUUAAAAUUACAUUUGUUUUAGCUUACCUUUUGACUUAAAGAUGUCAGCCAGCUUGUUGUCCCUUUUUCUCUCCCCUUGCACCUGGCUCAGGGGGAUUUUGGAAGGUUGUGGCUGUUUUUACUUUAGGAUAACUUGCUUAUUGUGGUGACUUUGUCACAGGGAACACUUCCGAUUCUCCACCAAACAAACAGACAAGCAAAUAGGCUUACACUCUGGGUUGCUGGGUUGUUUGGAUGACCAAUCUGCUGGGUUGCAGGCAUUGGGUCACUUAGUUGAGUUGUUUUCUUUAAAAAGAGCACAGUUGCGUUGUUGAUGCUGGGUUAUUGAGAUAAGACUGGAAGCGUGGCUUAGUUGGGGCGUGGCUUUCAGAUAGUUAUUUUUGGCCCCCCGUGAGAGUAACAUUUAAUUCCGGUUCAUCUGUUCUAUUGUAUUGUUAUCACAUGUUAAGGUUGAACACUGAUACUUUUGUAGCUUUAAUGAGGCUUACACAAGAGUAUGAGUUCUUCAAGAGCCUAUGCAUAGCCCAAUGUUGGGAUAGUUACCACUUUGUUACAAUAUGUAAAUAAUAAUGUUAUUAAUUUUAUAUUAGUAUAUGUAAGUGCAAAAAUAUUAAAGGAAAAUAAUAAUGUGCAGUGUACAAAGUUAACAUGAAUGACAUUUACUCCCACGAGUGGCCAGAAAUAACUACCUGAAAGACACGCCCCUAAUAGGCCAUGUCUCCUGAAAAUAACCUAUGGAUUAGAGUAAAAAAAGACCCAGCUUCUGGGUCAACGCAGCAUGAACGUGAAUAUAAACCCAACUAAUUGUUAAAUUAACCUGUUUGGGUAAUCCAAACCACCCAACAUGGCUGGGUCAAAAUAACCCAGUUUGUGUUCUGUCCAAUAUUUACCCAGCGCUGGGUUACCAGCUAACCCAAAUUGGGUUGUUUUUAACCCAUAAUAUUUUUGUGUAGUAGCAGAGAUUCAGUACCGUGGAUAGCGCCGUGGUUGAGCAAAUCCCUGCAAAUCUGACGAGUCAAGCCUGUGCACUCGCUUUUGUUAUUGUAACAUAAUGGAACGAUGUUGCAAAUAUAUUAGGCCUAUGUAGAACAAACAUGCCUGUGACAUGUAGAAUAAAGAAUCACGUCAGUUCUAUUCAUUACAUUUCUAUCUGCAACUUGUUUGUGAAAGUAGCAGAUAGAAAUGUAAUGAAUAGAACUGACGUGAUGUCACAGGCAUGUUUGUACAUAGGCCUAAUAUAUUUAUCUCUGGACGUUCUACAACGUUGUGACCUGCUGAAUGCGCCCCAGCUAGCCCACUCUGCGAGGAACGAGGAGGGACCUGAACUGAGCUAGCAGUCUGCAGGCCUUUGCAGUUUGUGCACAGGCAGGUAGCAGGCUAAACAGUGGAAGCGUUCCAGACAAAGCAACCAUUAGCUAUAUUUGGAGUAUCCUGAGGGUAAUCUGAUAGAUUUACAGCAUAAAUUUUAUCCUGUAGCUUUGGGUGCAGAGAUUUAUUUUUUAAAGAUUAGCUUUGGCUUAUUUCUGCAACACAGCCAGCCCCUGGGUAGCUAAAUGUCUGGAUAAGAACGUUUAUUCACAUGAUAUUUCUUUAAAUAGAACAUUUACAAUAGUUCCAAAAGCUUCCCUGUCAAUGACAAAAAUAUGAUCUAGAGCCCUCAAUUUCAAAUCUGGACCCCGAAGCCAGUUCCACUGCAUUUUUCCAUUGUUCCCCUCUAAUCAGGGACAGAUUUAGACCUUGGACACCAGGUGGGUGCAAUUAAUUAUCUGGUAGAACAGAAAACCAGCAGGCUCCGGACCUCGUAGGGUAAGAUUUGAAUACCCCUGAUCUAGAGUUAGCCAUAACAUGGCUGUACCCUUCACAGACACCAGAAUAGUAAAGGCUUUGCCAUAGCAGGGCGAAGAUGGUAACCUCAUGCUCAUUUUUUUAACCACUCUCUCUGUCUUCCCAACCAGCCACUGACUAUACAUUCUGUCAUCUCAGGCGUAUAAACAUUGGCGUCCGGUACCAGGCAGAGGUUCCAGAGCUGAGGCAGCGUUCAGCGGCCAAACACGACCAUCACAAGGCUGAACUGGUCUGGGCUCCUCUCCACGACCUGGAGGGUAAACCUAGACACCAGGAGAGAGGUAACAGACUAACAUAUCAGCUGACACGUCUUUAAUACUCUGUCAUAAUACUGUCAAUAACCAGGUUGGUAUUUAUCAAAUAGAAAUGAGUCUCAGUAAAUCAAACAUUCAGUAGUGAUUUGAAGACCCCAAUGCCAACAAUGGGCUGAUUAUGCUAUCUCGAUCUUGAUCCCGAUCUCUCUUUCUUUCUCUCUCCUUCCCUCCCUCCCUCCCUCUUCCCAUCCCCCUCUCCCCCCUCCCUCUCUCUUUCUCCCUCCAGUGGAUGACCUCAUGCACCUGUCAUGCUCCAGCGCUCUGCACGGAGGAGGGACCAAUCAGGAGCUAGCGCUGCACUGCCUGUACGAGUGCAAGGGUGACAUCAUGGUGAGCAAUGCAAGAUGGGUCAUGUUGACUGAGGAGGGAUGACGGGGAGGGGAUGAGAGCUGGGUCGUGUUCAUUAGGGGACACUGUAGCGAAAUGAAAAUGAAAAUGAAAAAGAAAAAGAGUGUUUGUGAUUCGACAAGUGCAGAUUGUAUCUGUCCGUUUGUGAUAGUUAUCUUCCAUUUUGUGUCUACUGAGAACAACCGUGGCUUUGGUGGGUGUGAUUUAACUAGAUGCAGGCUGUGUUCCAAUAUCCAUACUAAUAUAUCAGCUAGCGAUACCACCUCCGAAUGCAUACACAAUAUAAUAAUAUAUGCCAGUUAGCAGGCGUUUUUAUCGAAAGCGACGUACAGUCAUCUAUACAUACUUUUUACAUAUGGGUGGCCCCAGCGGGAAUCAAACCCACAUGGCCACUCUAGCACAGCACUCUCUUCCUACUGCAAACACAUGGUGUAUGGUAUGGUAAGGGGUGGGUUGUGAUGUCAACAGCUGUGUAAACUGUGUAGUGAACAUGUAACAGGUAUGAUACAGCACAGGGGUUAUUGAGUUCACUAUUCCUCCUAGUAGCCACGUUCUCCUUGAAUCUAUGUACAUUUGACAUUUUAGUCAUUUAGCAGACGCUCUUAUCCAGAGCGACUUACAGUUAGUGCAUACAUUAUUUUUUUUCAUACCCCCUGUGGGAAUCAAACCCACAACCCUGGCGUAGCAAACGCCAUGCUCUAUCAACUGAGCUACAUCCCUGACGGCCAUUCCCUCCCCCAGCUUCUGGGUCAACGCAGCAUGAAAGUGAAUAUAAACCCAACUAAUGGUUAAAUUAACCUGUUUGGGUAAUUCAAACCACCCAAAAUGUUGGGUUAUUCACGCAACCCAACUGGCUGGGUCAAAAUAACCCAGCGUGUGUUCUGUCCAAUAUUUACCCAGCGCUGGGUUGUUUUUAACCCAGCUUUUUUUUGUGUAGUAGCAGAGAUUAAGCACCAUGGAGCAAAUCCCCACAAAUCUGACCAGUCAAGCCCGUGCACUCGCUUUUGUUAUUGUAACAUCAUGGAACGAUGUUGCAAACGUUUGCGGACACAAUGUACCAGCCAUUUUGUUAACAGUGAGUAGCAGUUUAUAUUGUGAGCCUCUGCCAGUGCCACAGAUAGUUUGGAGAUUUGUGAAUGUGAGAUGGAGAUUGCCUUCAGUAACUGCGUUGACAGUUUGUGUGUAGCCUACACAUGAUAUGAUUCAGCUGGGCACAGACAAGGCAACACUCCCUCCUUAAACAUCCCUCGCCCCCUCAGCAUCAGCCAUAUCAGCUUACACCAGGGGCCUGUUCAUUAGUGCACAAUGUAGCAAAAAGUUGCUAUGUUGAAAACGUUAGUUUGUCUAAUGUAGUAACACGUUCUUUCCACCAUAGGGAAAUUAGCGUAAUAUAAAAUAAUUCCCAAUGUCAAAAUAAUUCAAUUUUUCAAUUUAUGAUGAUAGUUAAUGAUGCACACUCACUGUUUUUUACAACAAUUAAAUACAAGUAUUACUGCUUUAACCAUGGAGAGAGUUUAAAAAUGCUUGUAAGCACUAUUUAACGGGCGCUCGAGAAAGAGCUCCCAUAGUGACUGUGCCCAUUCAUUAAUCCUCCCUAAUCUGUGUGUUGUUUUGUUCUAAGAUAUGCCCAGUGCUCCAUCUGCCCAAUGUAGAAAACAGACCUACACACAUACACUGAUACAGUACACACACACACACAUACACUCUCUCUUACACACACUGACACACUGAAGUAAAGGUUCAGCAGAGUGUUCAGAGAGUAAGAGCGAGAAAGAGCGAGUGAGACAAUGAGAUAGAGGAAGGGAGAUGGAUAAAAAAGAGCGUAAGGAAGAGGGCCUUAUUGUAGUGGCUCCAGCUUGCAGCAUUUGGCCAUGUUGUCAAGGAGACAGAGGGUGGUUAUCAGUGUGUGCGGUGCACCCACUCUCUAUCUCUCUCUCUCUCUCUCUCUCUCUCUCUCUCUCUCUCUCUCUCUCUCUCUCUCUCUCUCUCUCUCUCUCUCUCUCUCUCUCUCUCUCUCUCUAUCUCUCUCUCUGCAGCAGUAGGCAAGCUGUUGCUCUCUUACAGUCACUCUCCCUGUUAAUCCAUCCCAUCAUAAUUACCAACAGAUCAGCCUCAAUAUCAAAUAAUCGGUCAAUAUCAAUGUCAGCGUCCGGUGUGUGCUCUGAAAACUAACCACGUAGCCCUUGAUUUCAAAUAUUGCUCAGUGACUCAUAAGCUGUUGAUCUUUUUUGUUAUUGUUGUACAAAACAGCAAAUGUUUCAUGUGUUACUCUUGAGAGUGAAUUUGUGAAUGAUUUGGUCUGAUAGUGUUGUUCUUGGUUUUCAGGGAGCGUUGGCCCUCCUGCUGUUGAAAAACCCCAUCUUCCCUAAGAACCACCGUCUAGGAGACUACCACUACUCAGGUUUGUCAUGCUAUAGAUUAGGACACUAUCUCUGCAGUAUUAGCACUAUGGGUGCUGGCCAUUUCCUACUGUGUCUCUAACUCACUCUGUGGUACCCUAUUCCUAUUGGGUUAUGUAGUGUGUGUAUUCAUACAGGCAAGCCUGUGUGCAUAACUCUGUGGGUCCUUUUACUGAAUCUGAAUCAUCAAAGUAUGUCAAAGUGCUGUAUGCUUACUUGCAUGGGUUAUUUUCUUCUAUUUUCUAUACUGAACAAAAAUAUAAACCCAACAUGCAACAAUUUCAACAAUUUUACUGAGUUACAGUUCAUAUAAGGAAAUCAGUCAAUUCAAAUAAAUUCAUUAGGCCCUAAUCUAUGGAUUUACUGGGGAGCCAGGCCCAGACAAUCAGAAUUAGUUUUCCCCCACAAAAGUGUUUUAUUACAGACAGAAAUACUCCUCAGUUUCAUCAGCUGUCUGGGUGGCUGGUCUCAGAUGAUCCUGCAGGUGAAGAAGCCAGAUAUGGAGGUCCUGGGCUGGUGUGGUUACACGUGGUCUGCGGUUGUGAGGCCGGUUGGACGUACUGCCAAAUUCUCUAAAACGACGAUGAUAGAGAAAUGAACAUAAAAUUCUCUGGCAACAGCUCUGGUGGACAUUCCUGCAGUCAGCAUGCCAAUUGCAUGCUCCCUCAUAACUUGAGACAUCUGUGACAUUGUGUUGUGUGACAAAACUGCACAUUUUAGAUUGGCCUUUUAUGGUCCAGCACAAGGUGCACAUGUGUAAUGAUUGUGCUGUUUAAUCAGCUUCUUGAUAUGCCACACCUGUCAGGUGGAUGGAUUAUCUUGGCAAAGGAGAAAUGCUCACUAACAGGGAUGUAAACACAUUUGUGCACAGACUUUGAGAGAAAUAAGGUUUUUGUGCAUAUGGAACAUUUAUGGGAUCUUUUAUUUCAGCUCAUGAAACCAACACUUUACAUGUUGCGUUUAUAUUUUUGUUCAGUAUAGUAGCAGGGAUGUCUCCAGAGCCCCUCUCAGCCUUAAGGCGUCAGCGUCAGAACACGGCUAGACGAACCAAACGAGUGUGCUCGCAUACUCCCUUAAAAAGACCUUUGCUUGAAAAACGAGAUGGAAGUGGCAAUAGUACUGUUUGUCCAUAUUGAGACGCCAUAGUCAAAAUAGUCAGAAUUAAUCUAAGAUAACUCAAGCAAUCUGUCAUUAAUUUUGACGUUUUUGCCGAAUAGAUCUUAGUCGCAAAAUUUUACAUCUAACAUCUAACAGUUUUUUUUAAAUAAAAAAAUGUGCAUGAACAUUUUUCGUCUCUUGUUGAAUGACAACGGGGGGGGGGGGGGGGGGGGGGGGGGGGGGGGGGGGGGGGUAGCUGGCGAGGGAGUGUAGUGAGAGCGGGGAGGAAGGGGGAUUUGGGGGGGGAGUUUGUGGCGUGUGCUUAAUCCCAAACAGAGGACAGAGUACCAUUGUUUAUCCAACCAGUCGUGUGUGUCCACCCUGUGCAUACAGAAGCAGACAGUCACCAGUCUGUGUCUGUCCGUCUAACUCUCUCUCUCUCUCUCUCUCUCUCUCUCUCUCUCUCUCUCUCUCUUUCUCUCUCUCUCUCUCUCUCUCUCUCUCUCUCUCUCAGGGUCAGACAGCUGGACCUCAGUAGAGAGACGUUACUUUAACAAAGGGAUCACUGCCUAUAAGAAAGACUUCUUCAUGGUCCAGAAACUGGUAUGUGACAGUCUAUGUAUAUAUCUAUAUAUGGCAUGGACUGCUCAGUACUCACAUGAAAAAGUCAACUGAGGGUCUUGCUUAAUCUGUUCCCAUUCACCAUUCCUACUUGGUUACUGAGAGGUUGCCUCUGCCCCAAAAAAAACUCCCAAGUGCAAUUGAAUCAAGUGAGUCAUUUUUUUCAGGAGGAUAGAGUUGAGUUGAUGUUUUUUCCCUCCAACUGACGUUUCGUCUUCUGCUCUAAACCUUGUAAUAGGCCUAGAUUUGAAGUGUGUGUUCUUUGUAUGUCGCUGGUCCACAGGUGAGCACUAAGACGGUGGCUCAGUGUGUGGAGUACUACUACAGCUAUAAGAAACAGGUAAAGAUCGGUCGGAACGGAGCUCUGAUCUACGGAGACACAGAGCCACCUGAGAGCAGGAACACUGAGGAGGAGCUGGACCUCAAAGUGAGUUGAUUGACUACCUACAUAAGGACUUCAUAACACAUUCAUAACCCAUAUCUAACACAUUCAUAGCCCAUACAUAGUCCAUUCAUAAGCAUGUCCUGAAGCCAAUGAAUAGUACCGAUAUGAAGGACUUCAUAGCACAGUUAGAACAUAUAUAUACAGUUGAAGUCGGAAGUUUACACACACCUUAGCCAAAUACAUUUCAACUCAGUUCCUUACAUUUAAUCCUAGUAAAUAAUCCCUGUUUUAGGUCAGUUAGGAUCACCACUUUAUUUUAAGAAUGUGAAAGGUCAGAAUAAUAGUAGAGAGAAUUAUUUAUUUCAGCUUUUAUUUAUUUCAUCACGUUCCCAGUGGGUCAGAAGUUUACAUACACUCAAUUAGUAUUAGGUAGCAUUGCCUUUAAAUUGUUAACUUGGGUCAAACGUUUCGGGUAGCCUUCCACAAGCUUCCCACAAUAAGUUGGGUGAAUUCUGGCCCAUACCUCCUGACAGAGCUGGUGUAACUGAGUCAGGUUUGUAGGCCUCCUUGCUCGCACACACUUUUUCAGUUCUGCCCACACAUUUUCUAUAGGAUUGAGGUCAGGGCUUUGUGAUGGCCACUCCAAUACCUUGACUUUGUUGUCCUUAAGCCAUUUUGCCACAACUUUGGAAGUAUGCUUGGGGUCAUUGUCCAUUUGGAAGACCCAUUUGCAACCAAGCUUAAACUUCCUGACUGAUGUCUUGAGAUGUUGCUUCAAUAUAUCCACAUAAUUUUCCUUCCUCAUGAUUCUAUCUAUUUUGAGAAGUGCACCAGUCCCUCCUGCAGCAAAGCACCCCCACAGCAUGAUGCUGCCACCCCCGUGCUUCACGGUUGGGAUGGUGUUCUUCGGCUUGCAAGCAACCCCCUUUUUCCUCCAAACAUAACGAUGGUCAUUAUGGCCAAACAGUCCUAUUUUUGUUUCAUCAGACCAGAGGACAUUUCUCCAAAAAGUACGAUCUUUGUCCCCAUGUGCAGUUGCAAACUGUAGUCUGGCUUUUUUAUGGCGGUUUUGGAGCAGUGGCUUCUUCCUUGCUGAGCGGCCUUUCAGGUUAUGUCGAUAUAGGACUCGUUUUACUGUGGAUAUAGAUACUUUUGUACCCGUUUCCUCCAGCAUCUUCACAAGGUCCUUUGCUGUUGUUCUGGGAUUGAUUUGCACUUUUCGCACCAAAGUACGUUCAUCUCUAGGAGACAGAACGCGUCUCCUUCCUGAGCGGUAUGACGGCUGCGUGGUCCCAUGGUGUUUAUACUUGCGUACUAAUGUUUGUACAGAUGAACGUGGUACCUUCAGGCGUUUGGAAAUUGCUCCCAAGGAUGAACCAGAGUUGUGGAGGUCUACAAUUUUUUUUCUGAGGUCUUGGCUGAUUUCUUUAGAUUUUCCCAUGAUGUCAAGCAAAGAGGCACUGAGUUUGAAGGUAGGCCUUGAAAUACAUCCACAGGUACACCUCCAAUUGACUCAAAUGAUGUCAAUUAGCCUAUCAGAAUCUUCUAAAGCCAUGACAUCAUUUUUUGGAAUUUUCCAAGCUGUUUAAAGGCACAGUCAACUUAGUGUAUGUAAACUUCUGACCCACUGGAAUUGUGAUACAGUGAAUUAUAGGUGAAAUAAUUGUCUGUAAACAAUUGUUGGAAAAAUGACUUGUGUCAUGCACAAAGUAGAUGUCUUAACCAACUUGCCAAAACUAUAGUUUGUUAACAAGACAUUUGUGGAGUGGUUGAAAAACUAAUUUUAAUGACUCCAACCUAAGUGUAUGUAAACUUCCGACUUCAACUGUAUAUAUAUAUAUAUAUAUAUAUUGCAUUCAUAAGCAUGACAAAAACAGAGAAACAAGUCAAUCCCAAAGUGAGUAGAAUCAUGUCACUCCCUCACAGCCACCCAUUUAACCUAGGAAAUGAGUUGCAAUUUCUUGGUUACACUUUAUUUGAGGGCUACCUAUAUACAGACUUCAUAACACAUUCAUAAGCAUUACAUAAGUAUUUCAUAAAAUGUACUGUGUGGGAUACCAUGUUACUGUACAGACUACUGUAUACUGUAUAAACAAUCCUAAAAGUACAAUGAAACAUAUUGCUGCAUCUCCCUACCAACAGAUACAACACGAGAUAAACAAUAUUUCUAUAAUGACACUAUUUCUCUCUCUCUCGCUUUCUCGUUUGGGCAAAAGUCCGUCCUUUCUCCUCCGUGACCCAGAACCCAUAAGUGAUCGAGUAGUGUGUCAAUUCAUUAGUAGGUAAACGGAAGAUGGUCCUCCCCUCCUCCACGGCCUCCUUUUGGCCAGGAAGCAAAUCCAUUUUACUUAUCCUUUUGUCUAUGAAAUGUAUUGCACAACUAACUUAAUUUGUUUUGAGCACUUUACACAUUUAUUUUGGGCUCCACCCAUGUAAACGAUUUGCCUAAUGACGCACGAGUGGAAAAGGGCCUUCUCAUUUCAAGCAAGCGCAUUUCCAUCCACAUUCACUCUCCUCACUGACUCUCCUUGCCGACUGUCCUCAAUUUGACAUUUUCUAAAGGAGGUGAGAGAGGAUGCAGGAAGUGAGCAAAUAUAAUUGAUAAAAGGCCUCUCUCUCUCUCUACCAACAGAGCUCUCAGAGAUUAGAAUCUCGGAAGGAAGAGGAAGACAACCGGAAGUGGGCGGUGUCAGCUGACAGGAAGCAGCGGGGCUCCAGUCCAAGCAGGAUGACACAGACGGUACAGGCCACUGAGAACGUGAGUGGGAGAUGCAGGGGAACUGUGUCUGUGUCUGUGUGAGUAGAGGAGACACUGACUAGAAGAUGAAUGAGCAUUUUCAUGGAUGUAUGAGAUCAACACCCCAUGCAGUAAACAAUAUUUGCACUUUUGAACUUGCCUUGACUGAGUUCACAGUAGGAUAGUGGCUAUGGAUACAAAGCUGCGGUGUUCUUAGGUCUGCUGCCCUCUAGUGGCUAAACACUGAACAGCUGAUUUGGCUGGCUUCCCGACUCCCCAUGUUGCGUUAUUUGACUCAGUCAGCAAACAAUGACUCAGAAAACCUUUGGCCUAAUUUCUGCUGUUAGUUGGUGACCUGGAAGAAGUCUAUGGUUUUAAAAUAUGGCCUGAGGUGAAACUUAGAGCUUUGUUAUGUUUUGUAAGAUCUGAUGUAGGAUCUGAUCUUAUUUUUGUGUAAAGAACCUGCCUUAUUAUGUUGUACUUAUUUUGUACUAUCCAGAUACACAAUGUUCAGGUUAGGUUGACUCUAGCUGGGAUGUGUGCGUGUGUGUGUGCUGAACAGAGGUGUGGGUGCAGUUUGCAAGAUACUACCCUGACUCCACAGGAGGCUGCUGAGCGGAGGACGGCUCAUAAUGGCUGGUCCGGAGCGAAUGGAAUGGCAUCAAACACAUGGAAACCAUGUGUUUGAUGUAUUUGAUACCAUUCCACCCAAUUAAGGUGCCUCCAUCAUCCUGUGUCUGAUUCUGAUCAGCUGUCAUGGUCAUUGGGCAGCUUGGCAAUGUGGAGGAGAAGGUGCUUUUUGUAUCCAUGCCUGUGUCCUUGCAUCUAUGAUCUUUUGCAUGCUUAAAUCAUUUAGCAAAUGAUGUAUUUAAAAUGUGUGUGCAGGCUGGAGCAGUCCUGGUGUUGAAGAGUCAGGAGGAUUUGAGGAGAGACCAGACGUCAUCCAGGGUCAGUCUUCCUCCUCAGCGCCCUCCCAGUGCCCCCUCGAAACCACGACCGGCCCCCAAGACCGGGGCCAUAUCAGGGACCAAGGGCCCCGCCGGACCAGAGGGAGAGUUCCCCUGCAAGAAGUGUGACAGGUCAGUGUCUGAGACAUGUCUUAGAAGGUCUUAGAUGCCAAUAGGCAGAGCAACAUGGUGUUGUCAUUAUUGUCAAAGUUGGCCGAACUCUUUAUGUGGUGCUAGUUAAAAAAGUUAGUCUUGAGAUUCCAGAUUUGGAUAAAGCAGUUCCAAUUGAUUGAUUGCAAAGUGUCAAACAGUUGUCUAUGUUUGCAAUUAGAAGUUGUCCACUCUUCAUUUACAGUAAUAGCACACUAACCAAUGCCAUCACCGCUCGUGAUUUUGAUGCAUGUUACUCUGACAGUGAAUUGUAUGGACUGGUAGUUGUGAUUUGUAUAUUGGAGGAGAAACAUUGAUCAAAGAGUACUGAGAUUCCACAAGAUCUGCAGGAUAACUGUCUUGUACUGGUUGGUUGGAAUAGGUUGGAAUCUUGGAGCUGCUGUUGGUUGCUCUGAGCACUGUGUGCAUGCGUGUGUGUGUGUGUGUGUGUGCGUGCGUGUGUAAUAUAGUGAGAAGUGCUCCUUGGUUGUUGUUUGAGCUUCCUGCUAUAAAAAAAUUAAGCAUUGCUGACUGACUGAUUGAAGAGCUCACCCAGUUAGCAACUGCAGUCCUGUUAUUAUCAACGGCCUCCUAGCAACUGAAACACAGCAGUGAUAUGUAGUCGCUCUGGAUAAGAGCGUCUGCUAAAUGAUGUAAAUGUAAAUGUAUAUGGCAUGCUAUGCCCCCAGUCUAUACAGCUCUUAUCCCUUAUCCGAUUCCUCACUGGCCCAUAUACUGUAGACUACUCUGCAGUAUUCUGCCAUGGCAUGGUGUUACACUUCAUCCAAUUAUAGAAUGAAGGUUCACAGUAGAAAACUGUGUGAAGAAGAGUUCAGACCUUCUCUUUGCACAAGCACUGUAUGGUUGGUGAACCUCGAAUAUGAAGUAAGGAAAAGUAAUUACACAUGGACAAAUGUUUCUGGCAUUUGGACUUCAUCAGUUCUCCUUCCUUCAGGUUCACACCCAGUACAGUGCUUGUGCAAAGAGAAGGUCUACACUCUUCAAAUUGAAGUGCGGACCUUCUAUUUGUCUACUGUGAACCAAAACCAUACAGAUGUAGGAUCUUAAUUUGAGCCAGUUUUCUACAGUAGGAAAGUAAUCCUGCAGCAACAGGAAAUGUGGAUUAUAAUUAAUGGACAUUUUUGUAGCGGUUGGUAAAUUUUUCGUAAGGGAAAAUCAAGUAGAAAUUACAAUCUUCAGAAUACUUUUUAAACCUCAGAUAUAUUACAAGUUAAAAAUGUCCUGCAACAGGGUGAUCAAAUUUGGAUCCUACAUUUACAUUUUACAUUUUUAGAUUUUAGUCAUUUAGCAGACGCUCUUAUCCAGAGCUACUUACAGUUAGUGCAUACAUUUUCAUACUGGCCCCCCGUGGGAAACGAACCCACAACCCUGGCGUUGCAAGCGCCAUGCUCUACCAACUGAGCUACAGGGGACCACAUCUGUACAGUGCUUGUCCACAGAUACGAAAGCUAACAAUGAAGCCAACCCAGUCUUCUCUCUGACCUCUGACCUCUAACCUCUGCCCCUCUCAUCCUCCUCCUCCCCUUAGGAUCUUCUACAAGGUGAAAAGCCGCAGUGCCCACAUGAAGAGCCACGCGGAGCAGGAGAAGAAGGCUGCAGCGCUGAGGCAGAAGGAGGCGGAGGAGAGGGCAGCGGCCCAGGCAGCAGCGGAAGCUGCAGCGUUACUGGCCGCACGGCAGAACGGGGCAUGGGAGGGGAACGCAGCUGGAGGAGACAGCGCUAACGAUGACUCAUCUGAGGAAGAUGAUGAUGUAGAGGAAGAUGAGGACUGGCACUAAGACCGUAAAGAUAGAAAUAGAGCCCACAACAUAUUAUGCCAUUAUGGCAAGUGCACCCUCUAGUUAUCUCUAUGGCUAAGACGGACGGACAGACAGACAAACGAACAAACAGACAGACAGACAAGGCAGACUGACUGCUCCUCUACUGGCAGGGUGAGGGGAACAUAACAGAAGUCUGAGGCCUCCAAACCCUAGCACCCUCUAGUGUUCAGCCACUGCUCCUAGCACUCUGGGGACAUUUUACGCCCUCUUGUUACGCCUGCUUUAGCAGCAUUUCUCUUGAAACAAACUGCUUUUUUCUUGUUUCAUGGAACAGGAUCUCCUGUCUUGACACUUUCAGGUACAGGUUCUCUCCCGUGUUUUCUCCCUCUUCCCUUUAACCUGCUUGUGAUGCGUUCAGGGUUACUGCUCUUUGACACACCCACGGCUAUACAGUAGGGUAUGAAAGCCAUGCCAUCUCUCUCUAACGUCAAUACUUUUCUUUCUCCUGUCUGCCAUCCACCCCUAGCUUCUUCCUGUUCCUGUCAGCACUUUCAGCCAAUCACAGCACAGCACACAGACUCAUCAGGUGGGAACUCAUAGCCACGCCACCAGCCGUUUAGGCUUUAAAAACGAGAAUACUGUGAUGCUUGGCAACGCAAGACUACAUUAACCACAAUGCAACCCGGCUUGGCAACCAACCGCUCUGCGCUCUCUCUGCUCUCUGCAGUUUGAUAUGUUGUUAUGAACAGGAGAUAAAAUGAGUGAUUGGGACAAUGCAAUAUUGAAGUGGAAAGGACUUCCAGAUCAGGAAAAACCCAGAUAGACUGAUGUGGUGGUAACACUACCUGUGUGGAGACAUACCUAAAUGUGGAAGAAGGAUCCGUUUAGAGAACACGCAUUGCAUUGUAUGUGUUUCAUAGUCUUUCCUGUUUGGGACUUUUUCCACUCAACACUGCCAAAAGAUUGUACAGAUGCGUCAGUCCUCAGUUCACCAAACAGGUUUCGUCUUAGUUUCAAGUGCUGUUCUUU